AUGAAAUCGAAAGACAAGGCCCUAGGGAAAUUCGCAUCGCUAGGAAUCUGGUUUGACUCCACAGAAGGAGCAGAACAUAUGCUCCGCAGCGGUUUCGUCGUCAGUCAACACUACAUCCCUCAGGUAGAGCGAUGCGAGAUCAAGAAAAAGAGAUGUUUCCGGUGUCAACGGUUUGGACACCUGGCAUGGUCAUGCAAGGAAACCCCGCGGUGCGGACACUGUGCAGGUCAACACGAGCGGCAGCGCUGCCCACCAGGGAUCAGGGCCCGUUGCCUCGACUGUGGGGGUGAGCACGCUACCGGAGAUCGACGAUGUCUAACCCCCGCAACCUCUCACCCCAGCCAAUGUUAG